AUGUCAGAAGAAAACCCUAUCAAGCUCUCCAGCUUUGAGAAAGAAGAGUUGAGGAGCUUGAAGGAAGGACAAAUUGUAGUUGGACCAGAUGGAAAGAGGUAUCGAGCUCGUAAGAGCAUGUUGCCUUACGAAUCUGUUAGUGGCCCUUAUGGCAUUGGAGACCCCAACGACCGGUCGUUGAGGAAGAUUGAAGCAGACGUGCUGAUUCCGAACCUUAUGAACAAGCAGAUUGAGAAGACGGAAUGCAGGAAAGAAGUAGAAGAUCUUGUAGCAUGUAUGAGAAAGGAAGGUGGAGCGAUGGGUUUGAAGAGGUGCGACUUGCCCAAAGAUAUUCUUAAUGGAUGCAAGAAAGACAAGUAUGUUGACGUGUUUUGUAUUUUUUGUUUUAGGUUUCUUUCAAGUGAUUUUAACUCUUCAGAUUCCACGAUCCAGCGUUCCGUCACCGAAUGACUGAAAUGUACCUAAACGAUAGAAGAAAUGCACGUUUAACAGGACAAACCGAGCAGGCCAGAAAACUGGCCGAAUAUCGGAAGUGGAAAACGGAACACGAAUAG